ACUCCGCGGACUAGUCUGCCUCCUAGUCUCCUCGCUUUCACGCCUGCGCUCAGAGUUACAAGAUGGCGGAGAGUGCGGAACUGAAGCAAAUGGUGAUGAGCCUUCGUGUUUCAGAGCUACAAGUGUUACUAGGCUACGCAGGACGCAACAAACACGGCCGCAAACACGAACUGUUGACCAAAGCCCUGCACCUCCUUAAGGCUGGCUGCAGCCCCGCUGUCCAGAUGAAGGUGAAGGAGCUGUACAGACGCCGCUUCCCCACCAAGAUGGUGUCUCCGGUGGACCUGGCCCUGCCCAGUGUCCACUCCACCCUGUCUGGAGGCCUCACCUCGCUGGGGUUUGACAGCCACGGGUCCCCCUCGCCCCUCUCCCUGCUUGGGCCCAAACACGAGCUGGGCCUGCCCCACCUGCCCUCCUCCCUUCACCCCGUACACCCUGACGUCAAGCUGCAGAGACUGCCCUUUUAUGACAUGCUGGAUGAGCUCAUCAAACCCACCAGCCUGGCCUCAGACAACAGUCAGCGGUUUCAGGAGACGUGUUAUGCCUUUGCACUGACACCUCAGCAGGUCCAGCAGAUCAGCAGCUCCAUGGACAUCUCUGGGACCAAGUGUGACUUUGCGGUCCAGGUUCAGUUAAGGUUUUGUUUAUCAGAGACAAGUUGUACCCAGGAGGAUCAUUUCCCAUCCAACCUGUGUGUUAAAGUCAACAGCAAGCCCUGCAACCUCCCAGGCUACCUUCCUCCAACCAAAAACGGAGUGGAACCCAAACGGCCGAGUCGCCCCAUCAACAUCACGUCACUGGUCAGACUGUCCACCACAGUACCCAACACUAUCGUGGUGUCGUGGACCUCAGAGAUAGGCAGGAGUUUCUCCAUGGCAGUCUACCUGGUCAGACAGCAGACAUCCACAACCCUGCUACAGAGACUACGAGCCAAAGGCAUCCGCAACCCAGACCACUCCAGAGCUCUCAUCAAAGAGAAGUUAACAGCUGACCCUGACAGUGAGAUUGCGACCACCAGUCUACGAGUCUCUCUACUCUGUCCGCUGGGGAAGAUGCGUCUGAUGAUCCCGUGCAGAGCGUUGACGUGUUCCCACCUCCAGUGUUUCGACGCUACGCUUUACAUCCAGAUGAAUGAGAAGAAACCCACGUGGGUGUGUCCUGUCUGUGAUCAGAAGGCCCCCUACCAACACCUCAUCAUCGACGGGUUGUUCAUGGAGAUCCUGAACAGCUGUGAGGACUGUGAUGAGAUCCAGUUUAAAGAGGACGGGAACUGGUAUCCCAUGAGGUCGAAGAAGGAGGUCACAGAGGUGUCUGCUUCAUUCAACGGGGAGGACGACUCGUGUCGGACAGUAGAAUCAGAGCACCACAGGAACAGCUCAUCCCACAGCAGUACCAAUAAGGUGGUGGUGAUUGAUCUGACUCUAGACAGCUCUUCAGACGACGAUCUGGAUGAUGAGCCUCCUCUCAAGAGGGCCUGUCCCUCCUCCUCGCUGUCCCCUGCCUCGCCGCCUGUCAGCAAGGGAGUGUUGAACCUCCACAGCCAGGUGUCUCCGGUGGCCAGAGCUCCCAGCAUGCCUCCUGUUGAGACCAGCUAUAUCCCCCCUCCACCCCCCCUCAUACAGGACUACAGCCACUACUACCACACCCCCAAUGACCUGGACCUCAACUUCUUCUCAUUCCUCCAGGGAGACAACCAUCAGCAUUACAACAUGGUGAUGGCAGCGGCGGCCUCUGCCUCAGAAGACCAUGACCUUCUCCUCAACCGCUUCCUGCCGUAUAGCUCCUCCCAGAUGUUCCUGGACCAACCAGGGACCCCCGGGGGUGGGAGCAGCGCCCUGCCAGCAGCCAAUGGGGGCAGCAACAGCGGGAGCAGCUCCAGUCUUGUUUCAUCUAAUAGUUUAAGAGAGAGGGAUGUAGAGAGGGAUGGAGAGAGGGAUGGAGACCGGGACAGCCAGUCGAGCAGGUCUGAUGCAGCGGCAGCAGUCAUAUAUGGCUCCAUACCAGACGUGAUCUCGUUAGACUGAAGGGAGGCGGGGGAUCAUCCACACAGAACGGAAAAACAACUUGAGGGAGGAAAUAGAAACGGAAGGGGACAAAUAAAUAAUAAAUAAAAAGUAGGAGAAAACAAUGCUAUGUACAGAGAGGAAAAUUCUAUUUUCAAUUUGACUUAUUAUAUAUAAGCUCCCGACGAUGAUGAUGAGUAACUUCAGUUGAUAUUUUUCUGUGGAUACUGAAGAUUUUUUCACGGCCUCUUCCUUCACGUGCCCCCUCCCCCCCUGACCCCCCCUGACCUUUUGUACUUCGUUCUUACUGUUUUAUUUCAAUAUUCCACGUGGAUGGCAUUAUUUUUGUCUCAAAACAUGUUUGGACUUGUGCUUCGGAGCGAGAAGAGGAAUCUGUCCGUUUGUUUCCUCAUCACUGUAGAGUUAUUUUUUUUCCUUUUUUUUUAAACGUUCAUUCUUACUGUGGUCAAUAAUAUUGUAUUUAAUUAUUUUCAAGGUAUUAUUUAUUAAUAUGCUUUCAAGUUCUGUUGGAUCCAUGUGUGCUGUGUAAAAAGCAUUCCCUAUGCUUCAUGUUGUUGAUGUCACUAGGAUCACACAGACUAGCCUGGCUGCUGUCUGUCUGUUGUCGUGGAAUGGUAGCACUGACAGACUGGUACCCAGGCUGGUUAUAGAUCCACUACUGUGGUUUCUCUGGUUUGUGUGCUCCCUCUCUCAUCUCUUUCAUUUAGCUGAGGAAACUUUACUGCAGCGUCCAUCCUUAGUUGUUUUCACAUUAAAGAAAUAUGAUUAAAAUAGUAUUGAAAUUGGCAUCAUAGUUACACACAGCAAAUUUUCAUUAUGGGGGGGGGGGGUGCAAAAUUAUUUCAAUCCAGUGCAUUACUACGGUACCUUGAUAAAUGUAAGCACUUCUAUUUUCAUGCAGGGUGUAUCUUUGACUCACUUUUUCACCAAGUCAUUCAAGGAAAACAAAACCCCAAGUAUAUUGAAGUUGCAUUUGGAACAGAGAACAAACUGCAUAGCUUUUCAUGCCUGCUGUCUCUGUCAGUCUCUCCUCUCUCUCCUCUCACUCACCAGAGUCCAGUAGCUCUAUAAUGUGUGUUCUGAUUUAGAGUGGUCAGUGUGACUGCGCUAGAGUUCCUGUUGAAUGCCUGACAGAGACGGUCUGUGACAGCAGCAUCACGCACCGCAUCCACACCAAAGGGCCGACCCGAACGGUACUGUGAUGGCUUGGGGGUUUUAUUUGGCUCUUUCCAGGACUUUUGUGGAUGUGGAACCAGGCCAGCCCAGUACAGCUUGGCUCAGUUAGGCCCUAUAGUGUGGAAUGGGCCAUAGUGGUUUUGAUACCAUUAUUCUGUCCUUCGUUCUAUUAGCCUUCUGUUCCCUUCCUGUGUACACAGUUAGUAUUAUUUAUUAUUUCCUCUCUUAGUUUUGGUUGAUUCAUGAAUAUGCAUUGCUAUUGUCUUAUGAUAUUUCUUUAGUAAUUCUAUGAUUCAUGAAUGUGCAUUGCUAUUGUCUUAUGAUAUUUCUUUAGUAAUUCUAUGAUUCAUGAAUAUGCAUUGCUAUUGUCCUAUGAUAUUUCUAGAGUAAUUAUAUGAUUCAUGCUAUUUAAGAGGUCAUUUUCGCUUGAUCUGCAUCAUUGUAACAAACCAAUUCUGUUUUAGUUUUUUUUCCUUCUGUCUGUUGUGCUAUUGAAUGAUGUCAAUAUCACAACAGAGGCUUGGAGCAUUUUGAUGGUCUCUGGGCUCUACUCUACUGUGUUGUUUGAUAAUUGUAUGAAUUAAACCGAUAGAUACAGCAAGACGACAGACAAGUAAUGGUAUGCUCUGGCCUCUGCAAGAAGUAGAGCUAGUCAAUAAAUCACUGUGUACGAGGGGUUGAAUCAAG